AUGUCAAUCUCUGCCGCUGUCCCACUUCCAGAAUCUUGCUUCGGUCUAGCUGCAGCCUCUUGCCAUAUCAACACCACGAGUCCCACCAUACAAGCUGCAGACCCGAUCUCCUCAAUAGCAUCGUCUACGACAACGUCUACGCCAGCCCAUUCAAGUUAUAUUACUGCGUCGAACCCCAUCAUCACCGAUCGACCCUCUAUACCUGUGAUCGUACACAGCGAAGUACCAACUCCAAGCUGUUGCCUCAGCUAUCUCCCAAAUUCCGAACCGACCAACUGCCAUUUAAACACAGACAAGGCAAACAGCAGCAGCAUGUCUGUACCUUCUUCGAAGCAAAGCGGCGACCUCUACACCAUCGUCAGUAUCGCCUUCGGCGCUGCUCAGGUUCUGCUAUCGAUCUGGCCCACGCAAGCUGCGUGGAGGUUUCUGCAUCACCAAGGUCAUGGAGGGGUCAAUCCUUAA